UCAGCAAACUGAGCUGAAUAUUUCGUGCAGUAUGGCGUUCAACGAACGCUCAACGACCAACAAAAUAUAAUCGCUUACUGAGUGGGAUUUAAAAGAAAGUCGUGCUCGCGACAAAAGCUGUCGAUUUUUAGCAGUGUACGGAACAGAAAACGUGCGUGCAAACAGCAAAGUGUGUUCGCUCAAAAAUGAUCAGUCGAACGCGUGAUGUUCUUUGCAAUUUCAGAGUCAGAGCAUUGUUAAUUCACCUCGCGAUUAGAGUGCUUCGAAAUGCGAGAUUUUCGUGGUUGAACUUGGUAAUUAAUUGAACAACGUAUGCAAUGAACGAUUCUUCUGAUAUGGACAGCCUGCACACGAUGAUGGGCUCAACUGAUUCAAUGAUCAGUUACCGAACAAACAUGAUCAACAACCAAUUUAUGUCCGAUAUUGUUCUAAUUGUCGGCACCGGCGAUGCUAAGCAGCGAGUUUUCUGCCACAAACUUUUUUUGAUAUCCGCUUCUAAAUAUUUUGCCACCAUGUUCUCGAGUAGCUUCAAGGAGACCAGUAUGAAUGAAAUCACAUUGGAAGAUACAGAUUCAACGUGCUUUUCAGAAAUUUUACGAUUCGUUUACUCUACCAGGAUGAAUAUUACGUUAGAAAACGUGCAGGAGAUAUGCAAGCUUUCUGAAAGGUACUUGUUUCCGGAUGUUUUGGUGCAUGCAUCCGAAUUCCUGUUGAAAUCUGUCACUGAAAAAAACGUACUGCGGAUUCUCCAACUAAACCGUCGAUGCAAAUUCGAGAAUGUUGAUGCACGUUGUUUGGAUAUAAUUACACGAAAUCCUAUUUUAUACUUUAAAGAGGAAAGUAUCACCUCACUCGAUCCCGAUUCGUUGGAACUAAUCUUCAAAGCGAGACGCAUUAACUGUUCGGAUUAUCAAUUGUUGGAAGUAUUAGAAAAAUGGAAGAAGGAUGGUGACGUCGAUCUAAUUCAGUCGAAAGCUAAAGCAGAAACGAAUUUGAAAGCAAUUAUUGAGAAUACUCCUCGAUCAGUGAGAUGUAACACAUUACAUGUUUUUGGAAGCUUAUCAAAUGAUGAUAAUGAAUUAGAUUACCAUAAGAGCUGUAUGGAUUUCCGCAUCAAUUCAAAAAAUCCAAUAUUUUUGCUAGGUUUGGGAAUGUACUUUAAAUCGAAACUCAAAAAAUUUUCUGUUUGUGCCAAAAUUAGUACAUGUGACUAUUUUCACUCAUUUAGCCGUUUUGGUAAUAUACAACAUGUCGUAACCGCAUCUGGCGAAUUUUCGACUGAGAAUUCAGACACAGCUAACAUACUUGAUGUGUUUUUACCUUGUACUAAAUUAUUACCACAGCAAUGUUACAGGAUUACCUCGUCGCAGGAUGCAGUUAGCCUAGAUGCUGCUUCAUGUAUGCAUGAUGAAAUAAAAGUAGAGUUCGAUCAGGAUCGCAGUUUCUUGGCAUAUUUUCUAUAUAUGGAUUGUAAUGACUAAUAAGGAAUAAAGACGAGAUUACAAAAAAACAUUCAGGCGUGUUUAUUUUAGCUCUUGCAGCACGUUGCUGUCAAGUAUAACAAAAACUAUUGUACUAUUAAGAACUAUUCACACCUUUCCAUUUCGGUUCAGUUCUGUGACGGUACAGUGAAAGUGUCCUUAGUGUACUGUUAGUGUAUUUUUUUGCAGAACCCACAGGACAGGCACUUGCUAUUGCUGGAGUAGUUCCAAAUACUCAUCAUUAAUAAUGAACGUGUAAUGCUAAAAAGUAAUAGCGGCCCUUACACGAUCAUUAAAAGUGUCAUUACUAAGUAAUGACACUUCUGCUCAAACGCUCGUCAUUACUGCAUUACUGUACAUCAUUACUGCAUUACUGUACAUCAUGAAUCGUCACAAUAAACUAUUGGAUUACGUUGAUAAUAUAUUUAACUUUUUCGCGAUGUUGGAAGGUAACCAUUUAUUUGACUCAACGUUGUUCAUCUAGACUAUUUUUUACUGUGUUGGUAGUUUUCACCCGAAAUUAAGUGGCGACAGACCAGAAGCAAGUAAAUAUUGUAACAAAACGGGUUCGAUUUUGUAUUGCGUUGUAGGAUGAGAAGUAAUUGUGCCUAUAUAGUUUUGGAAUUAUGUAUUAAAUCUGUAUCCUGCAUGAAAUUCGUAUGGAUGUAUACACAUCAAUACAUUACAGGUAAUUCUGUAUGAAUGGCAACUCUGUUGGUAAAUGAAAAAAAA